CCGGGGGGGGGAGAAGGGGGGGCAACCAUAGAGGAGCAGGGCGAGCACCAGACAGGCAAAAGGGUCCCGCUGCUGGCUGGGCUGAAAGCCGCCGUGCUGGAGGAGGAAGGCUGUUGGGGCUGGCCGGCGAAUGGUGGCUGCAGCCCGGAGACGCUCCCGCCAUGCACGGGGAGGAGAUGGUGACCUUCCGGGACGUGGCGGUGGCCUUCUGCCCCGCGGAGUGGGAGAUGCUGCAGGACUGGCAGAGGCAGCUGCACUGGGAGGUGAUGGCGGAGAAUUACCGGAUGCUGAUCUCCUUGGGAAAUGAUCUCUACCUUCUUUCUUCAAAUGGAAUGUUCUGGAACACGUCGGAUAAUGAAAGCACCCCUGAGGAGCCCCAGAAAGGCCCAGCAAAGGGAUCGGCCGGGACCCCCCUCCUGCAGAGCCCUGAGCAGGAAACAGGCCACAAGGAGGGCUCCGUCUCAGAAGAGCCCCCUUUGUGCAGGGAAGCGGACCAAGCAGGGGGCCAGUAUCCAUGUCCCCUCUGUGAGCAGCGCUUCAAGGGGAAGAAGGACCUUGAAAGACACCAGAGGAGCGUCCACCUGGGGAUUAGAACCCACGUGUGUCUGGAGUGUGGGAAAGCAGUCAGGGACAAGAGUGACCUUCAAGUCCAUCAGAGAAUCCACACAGGCGAGAAACCCUUUUCCUGUGAGGUAUGUGGGAACUCGUUCCGAGAAAAGAGCAAGCUCGUAGUCCAUCAGAGAAUCCACACUGGGGAGAACCGCUGUGUGUGCCAGGAAUGCGGGAAAAGCUUCAGGGACAAGCAUUAUCUCAGGGACCACUGGAGAAUCCAUGCAGGAGAGAAGCCCUACCACUGCCUGGAGUGCGGGAGAAGCUUCCGGACACGAAGUCAUUUUACUCUCCAUCAGAGAACCCACACAGGGGUGAAACCUUACCUUUGCAGUGAGUGCGGGAGAAGCUUUGUGCAAAGAAGCAACCUUGUAAGUCAUCAGAGAACCCACACGAGAGAGAACGCCUUCUGUUGCGAAGAAUGUGGGAAGACGUUUCGGGACAGGAAAUCUUUCAGCUACCACCGGAAAAUCCACAGGGGCGAGAAGCCCUUUCCGUGCCAACACUGUGGGAAGACAUUUCGGGACGGGGUCACUCUGGCAGCUCAUCAGAACAUCCACACGGGAGAGAAACCUUUUAUAUGCUCAUUGUGUGGGAAGAGCUUUAGGGACAAGAUGCAGUUGAAAUGCCACCAGAGAAUCCACACAGGGGAGAAACCCUUUGCUUGCCAGGAGUGCGGGAAAAUGUUCCGAGACAGGAGAACGCUGAAAUACCAUGAGAGUGUCCAUGCGGGAGAGAAGCCCUUUCCUUGCCUGGAGUGUGGGAAGGCCUUCAGAUGCAAGAGCCGGCUGACAGCUCAUCGGAGAAUCCACACCGGAGAAAAGCCGUUUAUGUGCUGGUUCUGUGGGAGAAGCUUCAAGGAAAGGGUCUAUCUCAGAGAACAUCAGAAAAUACACCUGUAAGAGAAGCCUUACCUUGAAAUGAUUCAGGAAAACCUCCUUUCCACACAAGUCAUCUCAGCGUGCCCUUGGAACAGCAUUUUCCGUUCCAGAACAGCCUCGGAGGAAUCCACACGCAAGGAUCUAUUUGGAUUCAUCACCUGGACCUUUUUGAGCCUGCAAGGCCUGGAUUUCCCCAAAUGUUCCAUUGUGGUUCCAGAGUAUAAACUGGAAUUAGCUGGGUUUUGAGAAGGUUGGGAGUGAGGAGUUGCCACUUUGGUGGGGGUCCAGAGUUCUGCAGCUCUGAUUUUAGUCUCAAAGUAUUAGUGCUCCCUGAACUAAAGUGGCUGCAUUUUCUCUGUUUCUACAACAACAAUUCCACCUUUGAAAUAUAUUCAUGUUUAUUUUUAUUGGGGUUUUUUGCAUUAUUAAGUAAAUGGUUUACUCUU